AUGGCUGAAAGUGGCAGAACCUUGAAGCUUACAAGGGCUGAAAGUGGCAGCACCUUACAGCUUACAAUGGGCGAAAGUGGCAGCACCUUGCAGCUUACAAUGGGCGAAAGUAGCAGCACCUUAAAGCUUACAAUGGGCGAAAGUGGCAGCACCUUGCACCUUACAAUGGGCGAAAGUGGCAGCACCUUAAAGCUUACAAUGUGCGAAAGUGGCAGCACCUUGCAGCUUACAAUGGGCGAAAGUGGCAGCACCUUGCACCUUACAAUGGGCCAAAGUGGCAGCACCUUAAAGCUUACAAUGGGCGAAAGUGGCAGCACCUUGCAGCUUACAAGGGCUGAAAGUGGCAGCACCUUACAGCUUACAAUGGGCGAAAGUGGCAGCACCUUGCAGCUUACAAGGGCUGAAAGUGGCAGCACCUUGCAGCUUACAAUGGGCGAAAGUGGCAGCACCUUACAGCUUACAAUGGGCGAAAGUGGCAGCACCUUACAGCUUACAAUGGGCGAAAGUGGCAGCACCUUGCAGCUUACAAUGGGCGAAAGUGGCAGCACCUUGCAGCUUACAAGGGCUGAAAGUGGCAGCACCUUACAGCUUACAAUGGGCGAAAGUGGCAGCACCUUGCAGCUUACAAGGGCUGAAAGUGGCAGCACCUUACAGCUUACAAGGGCUGAAAGUGGCAGCACCUUGCAGCUUACAAGGGCUGAGAGUGGCAGCACAUUGCAGCUUACAAGGGCUGAAAGUGGCAGCACCUUUCAGCUUACAAUGGGCGAAAGUGGCAGCACCUUGCAGCUUACAAGGGCUGAAAGUGGCAGCACCUUACAGCUUACAAUUGGUGAAAGUGGCAGCACCUUGCAGCUUACAAGGGCUGAAAGUGGCAGCACCUUACAGCUUACAAGGUCUGAAAGUUGCAGUACCUUGCAGCUUACAAAGGCUGAAAGUGGCAGCACCUUACAAGGGCUGCAAGGUGCCGCACCUUAA